AUGGGGGAAGGUUCCACCAAUACUCCUCAUCCAUGGUUCAGCAAGGAAAAAGGUGCUAAUUUUAUGGUUCCAAGGGAGAAUGUGGGUGCUCAAACUUUCCCCGUUUGCAAGAAGUGUGGGAAGACCCACAAAGAGGAAUGCUUUAUUGGUUCCAACGCAUUUUUCAAAUGUGGUAAAUCGGGUCACCAAGCUAGAGAUUGUAGAGGGGGUGGUGGUAUGCCUCAAGGCCAAAUUGCUCAUGUUCAACAAGUUCAAAGGAGUGGCCAAUGCACCAACCACUUUUAUGUUUUGUAUGGAAGGCAAGAAGUUGAGGAAGUAUCCAAUAUUGUUACCGGUAUAUUAAAGGUCUUUGCGUUUGAUGUGUAUGCAUUAUUAGAUCCAGGUGCUAAUUUGUCGUUUGUUACUCCAUUCCUUGCUAAUAGGUUUGAUAUGUCACCCAAAAUGUUGUUAGAUCCCUAUUUGGUGUCUACCCCCAUUGGUGAGUUGGUUCAUGCUAGAAAGGUUUAUAAGGGUUCUCGUAUGUUUAUCUUGCACAAAUGGUCCCUUGUGAUCUAA